ACAAAUUAAGUUGUAUAACAUCCGUAUAAUCGAUGAUAUUGUUUGAUACUAAAGGUCAAUGAGUAUUAUAUACAUUGUAAAUCGUUUAAAAUAAAGAUAAUGAUAAUUUGUAAAAAUAUCCCAGGACUUUUCUCAUGUUCUUAUAAAUAUAAAAAGAAUGUGAUAUCUUAAACAUUUUAUACCUAUUUUUGUGACCUAAGACAAAGUAGAAUUCAUUUUCAAUUCAGGAUUUCAAAAGUAGAGAGAGACAAAACAGGGACACAGUGCAGAAUUAGGGGGAGAUAAUUCCUAAGUUAAAACAUUCCAAACAGGAUAUUCCAGAGUAGUUCUCCCCCUUUGUGUUUGAAUAUUUAUUCCAAAAAUAUAAAGUUUUGAAUAAAUGAUAAAAAGAAUAUUUGAGAAUACAACGACUACUUCAUUGAUAUACCUCAGAUUUGUUUGAGUGAGAGAAGAAGGAUAUAUAUGUGAGAAUUACGUUUGAUCUCAUAACUAAGAUAUAGUCGUAUCUAUUGUCUACUCAUGUACUUCUUGUGAUCUCAGCGUAUCCAGGAAUCUCAACUCUGUUCUGUGAUUUCAUGUAUAACUUACAACUUUGAGUACGCGGCGACAUUGAGUGCAAAGUUGAAUAUUCUUAUUAUUUUUGUGUAUCUUCCUGUGGUGUUUUGUGAGUUCUGUUGACUGACUGUGAUAUUGAGAAGUGUGACAAAAUAUUAUCUGUAAUGAUGGGAGAUGGUUUAUUUUGUUUUACAUGCUGCAUAGCUGAACAGCCUCAACCUAAGAGGCGGCGACGACUUGACCCAAGUAUGAUAGGAGAACCUACUGAAUUCCGACACACUGCUCACAUAGGAUCAGGGGAAGCUAGAAACUCAUUAAAUGCAGAUGGAACAAAGAAUACAGAGGCUAUUUCAUUAACUACUGUCCAGAAUCAGAUGUCCAGUAAAGGAGGGUACGACCACACGUGUCCACACGAUGUAAAAUUAAAUGUCAUAGAUCUGCCUCAGUCACAAAGAUGAAAUUAACGAGAAUAGCGUAGAUAUCACAGGACUCCUGUCUGAUCAACAAAUAUGUAUAUAUUUCACAGAUAGUGCUUUAGUUACCAUGGUUAUGAAGCUCUAAAUGUAUCGAUGCUUCUGAUUGGAUGAAAGACAUAAAAGGAUGUUUGUUGUUUCCAUGGUUAUACAGUUCUUUCAUUGUCAUGUUUUAUAUAUAGUUUUGUUACUGUAAUGUAUCAUAAUGAAAUAUUAUAUAUAUGUGUGUCAAUAUAAUUUAUUUUUUGCUUUUUCUAUAAAAGAUUUCAUUUCUGCCAUCAUGAUCAUUAUAAUGUUUCUACACAAAAUGUAUUAAAAUAAAAUAUUGACAGCAUGGACAAUAGGUAAUUCAGUGAGAGGGUAAAUUAAGUUAUUUAAGAAAUGAAUGUAAUAUUUUUUCUGGUUAUGAAGAAAUAACAUAAAACAUUUGGUGCACACUGAAUAACGCGCAUAGUCAUUUCUUAUAAUUUAAUUUUUAAUUCCAUUUUAAAAUCGUAGAAAACCAUGAAAAAAUGUUGAUGACGUCACAGUCACAUGACUAAAUUUAAUUUAUGGGCUCAUAACAAAAUAACCCCAGCCAAUCAGAACGUUUUACAUCCAACAUUAAAUUAUUGAAAUGUAACCUUAACAUUCUCCUGUAUGUUGUUAAGAGUGAUGACUAAAUGGAAAGAAAAUAGCAUGGGCUAUAAACACUGAUCAGCCUGGAAUAUUUUAGCUUACUUUCUAAAAACAUUUAAAAUAUAAAUG